UGAUUAAAAAUGAUUAUGUUUCUCUCUCUACUCACUUUCCUCUUAACCAAAAGUUUUCUUCUUCUUUCUCUCUCCCUAUCUCCAUGGCCUGCAAAACCACUUCUUUCUUAUGCUUCUGCCUCCUUUUCAUCUCCAUUGAUUCAAUCAUUUCUCAAGACAUAAAAGACACAGAAAGAGGCUGCAGUAACCGUUGGAUCCACGUCAGAAGUUUACCGCCAAGGUUCAAUCUUGAUCUCCUUGCAAACUGUUCUGAAUACCCACUUUUUAACAAUUUCUGUCCUUACCUUGCAAACCAUGGUUUAGGGCCCAGAACACACAACAAGUCUCAAUCUUGGUAUCGUACAAACCCUUUGUUGUUGGAACUUAUAUUCCACCAUAGGAUGCUUGAAUACCCUUGUUUAACAUCAGAUCCCAAUCAAGCCAAUGCCAUUUACUUACCUUACUAUGCAGCAAUUGAUGCUUUGAGGUAUCUAUAUGGUCCUGAAGUGAAUAGCAGCAUGGAACAUGGGCUUGAAUUGUAUGAUUAUUUACAAGACAAUGAAGGUUGGAUAUGGUCAAGGAAUCAUGGGGCUGAUCAUCUCUUGGUCAUGUCAAGGCCUGCCUGGGAUUUCUCUCAAUCUGUAGAUGUUGAUCCUCCUAUUUGGGGUACUUCAUUUCUUGAAUUGCCAGAGUUUUAUAAUGUUACUGCUUUGAUUGUUGAAGGAAGGGCUUGGCCUUGGCAAGAACAGGCUGUGCCCUAUUUGACAUCAUUUCACCCUCCAAAUUUAGGAUUUCUUGAGUCUUGGAUUAAACGCGUUAAGGCGUCGAAAAGGACGACUUUGAUGCUUUUUGCAGGUGGGGGUGGUGUUGGUUCCACUCCAAAUAUCAGGAGGAGUAUCAGGAAUGAAUGCGAAAGCAGCAGCUUCAGCAGCAGUAGUGACAUUUAUGUCAAUAAUGUCGAAGGGUUCGAUUACCCGAAGAUGAGGAAAGUUUGUGAUAUAGUGGAUUGCUCCAACGGGAUAUGUGAGCAUGAUCCAAUAAGGUAUAUGAGGCCAAUGCUGCAAGCAACAUUUUGUUUGCAGCCUCCAGGGGACACACCAACUAGGAGGUCGACUUUUGAUGGGAUUAUUGCUGGGUGUAUACCAGUUUUCUUUGAAGAACAAUCUGCAAAGUCACAAUAUGGUUGGCAUUUGCCAGAGGAAAUGUAUAGAGACUUCGCUGUGUUUAUACCAAAGGAGGAUGUUGUGUUUAAAGGGUUGAGGAUUUUGGAUGUGUUGACAGGGAUAUCGAGAAAUGAAGUCCGGAGGAUGAGGGAGAGAGUUAUAGAAUUGAUACCAAGAGUUUUGUACAGGAAGCAUGGGAGUUCAUCCGGUUUAAGAGCUAGAAAGGAUGCCUUUGACAUUGCAGUUGAAGGUGCUUUGCAGAGGAUCAAUUCUAGGUUGGAAGCAAGGGACUUUGGUCAAUGACCAGAAAUCUGUUAUUUUCUGGCUGUUGUAAUUAUUAUUUAUUCUUGUUUUUGCCUUCUUGUUCUUUUAAUCACCUUUAUUGCUUAGGUGGAGAGAACUUGAGAUAAUUAGUAUUUGUAACAAUUUAAGCUACUCAAUUUUGAAGGAAAUUAUCCUAUUUUACCUUUA